UGUGCUGCCGCAAGGUCCAGAGCUCCUGGAGUCCUCAUUGGGGCCGGACCCUCCCAUCACUUCCAGGGUCUGUCGAGGCCGGUUUCAGGACCGAAUACAGUAGGUCGCGCCCGGAAUGGGCCACAACACUGCUAGAUCGACGGCUGGGGGCGCUCUGUCCUCACGUGGGCGUAGCCACCGGAUCCGCGAGCUCUUGAGGCCCCCUGCGGGAGGGACUGCAGUUCUACCCCGGGAAAAACGGGGAAGCUGAGGCUACUGCGGGGAAGUGACUUGUCCUAGGUGAAGCAGCGAACCUGGAGUGAGCUGAACCGCCCAGGGUGGUCGGGGAAGUCCCAGGCCAGACCCGCCCGGCUUCGAGACACAACCCAGCCCCUCGCCCCCAGAGCUCGCGGGGAGUGGGGAGUGGGCGUCAGGCACAUCCACCCGUCAGUGCCCGAGGGGCGGGACCACUUCAGUCCCUCCCCGGCCCCAUUGGCUGCGGCACCAGGGGCGGGGCGCGGCUGCCAGAUGUUGGGGCGGUGGCGGCGGCGGGAGCUACGGAGAGCGAGGAGCCGCGGCGCCAGUCAGAGGGCCAGGGUGCCGCUGGCCGGCCCGCUGGGCCCGUUCCGCGCCGGUCCCGCUGGAGUUCGAAGAGGAACUGGCAGGCCUGGCGGGGGCUCCGGCACGGGCAUGCAUAGCGCUCGGCUUGACAGCUUCCUGAGCCAGCUCCGCUGGGAACUGCUGUGUGGCCGGGACACUGGCUCACCCCCCAUGUCUGGCCCCCUUCCACCAUCCCCCAAACCUGGCCCAGGUGUUUGGCUUAGCCAUGGACUCAGGGCCUCAGAUGCCUUGGAAGAGGACUCAGUCGGCUGUGUGGAAGAGGAAGAAGGUAUGGUGACAGGAGACAAGGGUAUUGCCUUGGGGAGCCCAAGGGAGCAUGUCCUGGACUGGGACUCUGGCUUCUCUGAGGUGUCGGGCAGCACAUGGAGAGAGGAUGAGCUGCCUGUACUCCAGCACCCAACACCCCCAGCAUGGCCCCCCCAUAGACAGCGCCUCUCGGCCAGUGGCAUUCCCCUGCCUAGCAGGGCCCCUGUGGCCGGUGCACCACCUGCCCGUCGACCACGGCCCAAGUCUACACCAGACGCUUGCCUGGAGCACUGGCGGGGCUUGGAAGCUGAAGACUGGACUGCAGCCCUGCUGAACAGAGGUCGCAGUCGCCAGCCCCUAGUGCUGGGCGACAACUGCUUUGCUGACUUGGUGCACAACUGGAUGGAGCUACCAGAGGCAGCAGGUGAGGGGGAUGAUAGUGGUGGUCCCCGUGCCCGUGCUCGGCCCCCUCAGUUCCUGCUUGGGCUCUCUGAGCAGCUGCGGCGCCAGCUGGCCAGGGCACGCAGGGCUGCUAUGGCAGGAAAGCGACUGUCAUGCCCACCUCGCCCGGAACCUGAACUGCCUGCAGAUGUCUCACGAUUUGCAGCCCUCAUGAGCUGCCGAAGCCGUCAACCCAUCAUCUGCAAUGAUGUCAGCUACCUCUGACCCUGCCCUCCAGCCUGGGACAAUAAAGGCCUUUCUCUGGUC